AUGUUUCUGAGCAGCGCUCUAAUGUGCUUAAUCGCUUGCACCGUUUCUGUAUACGGGAUCGAUGUCAAGUUCACGUGGGACACGCAAGGAACUGCAUGCCCAGCUGCCGAUACAUAUGGCACAUGGAAACUGAGAAUCGACCGUACUUUUAUAGUAUUCUUCGACAAAAAAACGAGGCUCAUCUCAGAAAGACACGAAGUGCCCCAAAGGCACAAUUUAUUUACCGGCGUCAGUACCAUCACAUACAAUGGAAACAUAAAUGAUGUUGGUAUGGGAUUGUACUCCGUGAUUCUUCGGGAGGGUGACGAAAGAAGAAAUGAGAGUCCACCCUCGAAUCCACUAAUUUCUGCGGCCAAGACAAUUCAUGGUCGCUCACUGACGUCGCCGGGCAGUGGAUUCGCUUUCUCGGACAUGUAUCAUGAGGCACCUUUUGCAUUCUGGAUUACGAUCAAGGAUGCAAAGCCAACUGGAGAGGAGAAAAUGUUAAGAGAGUAUAAGAUCACGAAGUGUGGGACUGAUAAUAGAUGGGUUGCCAACGAGGGUGUUUAUAAGCUCAACGAUGCAAACGGAGAAUGGGACGCUGUAUAUUACGAUCCAAGACACACGGAUUUCUACUACUGA